UACCUACAAUGUGGCAUACACUGCUCAUGCUGGGGACAGAACAGUGAACAGGACAGACAAGGACCCUGCUUUGUCACACUCACAGUACUAGGCACUCAAUACAUGUUAACAAUGCAGUACAUGCAUUUUAAUUUCAAAUUCAAUUUGAAAUUUUAAAUUCAAAUUUAAAUUCAAAAGUAAUAUAUGUUUUCAUUGGCUUGUAUCGACUGUAUCGAUUACCUACAUCACUCUCCUUAAUUCAAAUACAGAUACAGAUAACAUACAGUCUAUGUUAACAAUGCAGUACCCGCAUUUUAAUUUCAAAAGUAAUAUAUGUUUUCAUUGGCUUGUAUCGAUUACCUACAUCACUCUCCUUAAUUCAAAAUUACCCUUAAAAUCUACCCUUAAAAAUUAAGACCAUUUUUCCCAAAAUUCUAUUAAUUAGAAAGGUUUGGAAGAUUCCUAUGUACAGCCAGAAGAGCAGUUUAAACACUCUUACAGUCUUAAAAUGAUUCUCUGAAUGGGGCUUUAAAUCAUGUGCCUUUGUAGUAGUUACAUUUUCAUAAUAUGGUAAGCCACUCUUGUCCAUUAAGGAACCGUUUCCUCCCACUGCCCCAAAUUGCUUAUUAUACAUGUUGUUCAGUGUCUUUUAUCUAGUAAGUAGUUAUUAAAUGAUGUUUAAUAACAUGUGGUGGAUAAGGUAACCCUCAUUAAAGGCAAUUCACACCGCCAUUGCUUCUGCCAAAUACUAAUCAGUUGCCAAAUUUAAACGGCCUUAUUAGCCUACCAAUGUCGCUUUUUCCUGAUGAUAAAGACCCACCUCUAAAAAUCAAGUACAACCCACUAAAAUGAAUGAAUAUUCCAGAAACCUGCUAAAGUAAUCUACAUUUUAAUGAGACAGGAAGGGCUCUACCAAUAUUUUCAUCCCCUUGUCUGUAACAUAACGCUUCCUUACCUGCUCUCUAGAGUGGAGGAUGUGAGCAGUGUCAGGCUCUGCUACGGUCCUCCCCCACCUCCACCCCCAAGUUUGCUGCCUAAGCUUGCACGCAGGGACCCACAUGGCAUCACGAAAUGGGUUCUUUACAUAUAUGCAGCUACUUACAGAGCUAUGCACACGCGUGUAUGCCCAUGUAGGGGUGUGUUUCGUCCGCAUGUGGUGUGAGCCCACGUUGGUCUCCCUCUCCUUUCCCCUGACCUGGGGGAAUCCCGGCAAUUCCCCAGAACUCGGGGAAUAGCGAGAUGAGGCAAAUAGCCCUUUUCCGUUCCCUUGUGGCAGGCACCGCUGGGUGCCAGGAACCUGCAAUGCCUCCUCUCACAAGCAGCUUAAGGGAGACUGACUGAAGAUGAGCAAGUGGAGAAUACAUGAAGGAGGAAGGGGCCAUGGUACAAAAGAUGAUUGCUUCUGGAGCUACUGAACUAUGAUUGUGUUUCUACAUGCAAAGCCCUAGGAAGCUAGAGGGGAGGCAGAGAAACUCCGAAUCUAAAAUGCUCUGAGAUUAUUUUUCUAACAGUGCCUGGAAACCACCGCUUGGCGUGUGUCCUGCGCGGGGUUAAGGAAUCCAAGGGAGCGCCGGGUGAAACUCGCAGCGCGGCAUCCGGCACUUUGAGCUUCGGUGGGGUUUGCGCUCCGAAGACGCGGCCACGCAUCAUUUUCCCAGGCGUUGUGCGGGUUUCUUAAACAGCCCAGUUGCUGCCUCAGAAAGGAGUUUCUAGAAGCUCCUUCUCUGCUGCCUCCCCUCCCCCUCCCCUUUUUCGGUUUUUACCCCCGCGAGGAGCUUCUCGAGCUCCACUGCGUCCGCCCUCCGAGGGGCACAGGUGCCGCUGUCCCGGCUUCUGCCGCCUGGUCCGCCGACGCCGCCUCCUCCGGGCGGGCCCGGGGGACUUCACCAGGCGCUGCUGCAACGUGAACGAUGGUGAUCAUGGCAGGGACGGUGAUGCUGGCGUACUACUUCGAGUACACCGACACGUUCACCGUGAACGUGCAGGGCUUCUUCUGCCACGACAGCGCCUACCGCAAGCCCUACCCGGGCCCGGAGGACAGCAGCGCCGUGCCCCCCGUGCUCCUCUACUCGCUGGCCGCCGGGGUUCCCGUGCUCGUGAUAAUAGUUGGAGAAACUGCAGUGUUUUGCCUACAACUGGCCACACGGGAUUUUGAAAACCAGGAGAAAACUAUUUUAACUGGAGAUUGUUGCUAUAUAAACCCACUGGUGCGGCGAACUGUACGAUUUCUGGGUAUUUAUACAUUUGGGCUAUUUGCUACAGAUAUCUUUGUAAAUGCUGGGCAAGUAGUCACAGGGAAUCUGGCUCCACAUUUUCUUGCCCUGUGUAAGCCCAACUAUACAGCGCUUGGAUGUCAGCAGUAUACACAGUUCAUCAGUGGGGAAGAGGCCUGCACGGGCAACCCAGAUCUCAUCAUGAGAGCAAGGAAGACGUUUCCAUCCAAAGAAGCGGCUCUUAGUGUCUAUGCAGCUAUGUAUCUGACAAUGUACAUUACCAACACAAUCAAAGCCAAAGGAACAAGACUUGCUAAGCCUGUUUUAUGUUUGGGCUUAAUGUGUUUGGCCUUUCUUACCGGACUCAACAGAGUAGCGGAAUACCGAAAUCAUUGGUCAGAUGUGAUAGCAGGUUUUCUGGUUGGAAUAUCUAUAGCAGUAUUUCUGGUUGUGUGUGUGGUAAAUAAUUUCAAAGGAAGACAACCAGAAAAUGAACAUAUACACAUGGAUAAUCUGGCACAGAUGCCAAUGAUCAGCAUUCCUCGAGUAGAAAGUCCUUUGGAAAAGGUAACAUCUGUACAGAACCAUAUCACCGCCUUUGCAGAAGUCACAUGAUACUGAAACAGAUGGUUUGUCACUGCAUUGGACAUCGUCCCUUUUCACCACCCGCUCAUAACCCCCAAAGUUUGUUUGAUUACAACAGAAGUUUAUAAAGUUGUCUAAUAAUUUUUAUAAUUUUAAAAUCAGUGUCAACUUAUCUGUUUCCCCCACUAGACUGUGAGCUCCUCAAGGGCAGGACUGUGUCUUUCUUCUCUGUAUCCCCAGCACCUACAACAAAACCUCGCACAAAGUAGGUGUUAAAUAAAAUGUGACGACCCAAUGAAAAGAUUAAUUCGUAAAUAAAACAUUCACGUUAGUUUCUCACAGAAUCACCGAUACUAUGUGAAAAGGAAACUUUACACAAGUCAUCUUGUAUAAGAAAUCCCUCCAUCUGGGGCUAGGUAAGCUUUUUAAUUUUUCAUAGAUCUAUUCAGCAGUAUAUCACAUUUCAUUUGAAGCGGACUUUGAAAGUCAUGGGGGUUUUAUGUUAUUAUUCAGCAUGACAUUAUUUCCAUUCUAACAGAUUUCAGUGUGUGAAAUUACUUUACUUUUAGAAAGUAUGUUCUAUACUAAAAUAAUGUUUGCACAUAAUAUUAUACUAUAUUUCACUUAAAAUACCAUUCAUACUAUACAUUCUAAGACUGGUGCUUCUGCUUUUGAAGGGGGAAAAUGCCAAUUUUUACUGUAAUAAGUAAUGUAUCAUAAUUAAAAAUUAUUUAUUUGGA